AUGGAGGACCAACAUGACUUCGGCGAUGUGGCUGCCACAUCUCUACAGAAUUCUAUUACUUCCACCACUCAAUCCCUUGAAUCACGUGUGCUUCUUGCAAACAGUUUGCUUGAAACAGAGCCUUCUUCCUCAUCCGGCUUCAGCAGUAGUAGCAGUUGUAUGAGUGGAGGUAGUGCAACAUCUGAAGUUACGACAAGUACUCCCUCUGAAAAUUCGACAACGUCUUCUGUUGAAGAUGAUGAUUACUUUUCUCGUUUUAUGCAAAAUAAUCAACAACUGAUCUCACAGCUAAUGUUACCGCAACGUCGCAAACGACGAUCGUUAGCGGAAACUGUUGAGAUUCUGAAGCAGAAGAGGAAAGAGGAAUCUCCGCCAUCAGAUGAAAUUCUCGAUUUAUCUAAUAUAAUAAUGCAAAAAACGGAACUCAUAACUAUAAACUUCGGACAAGAACACAAAGAGCUUGUGGAAGAUACAGAAAGACAGAAGAAGAGUUCGCCUCGUCAGAAUGUAUUCUGCAAUGAUGACGAUGAGAAGAAGUUCACGUGCACGAUCUGUCAGAAGAAAUUCGCCAAUAAAUUUUUGUUAAAUAAGCAUAUUUUCAUUCAUACCGGUCUUCGGCCUCACAAAUGUCCGGAUUGUUGCAAGAGUUUUAACCGGAAAGACAAUCUGUUGAGACAUAGGAAAACGCAUGCAUUGAGGAAAUCCAGCGGAUCAUCAAAUAGCGCGUUAUUAAGUCAAACUGACUGUACCGAUGAUCUCGUGGCAGCUAUGAAAAACGGUUAUGUUCAAGCUGCUGAAUUAUUUGCUAAAUUCACAUAG